AUGAUCGAUGUAGUUUUGUUCCAUCCGUUUCAAAACCUGAACCAGAGAGGUUAUUCUAAUAUUUUUUUCAUAGCAUUGGGCACUUUCGAUAGUAAGGUGAUUGAGCUUUCAAGCGGCGAUGAAGAUGAGAAGCAUGAAGAAUUUGGUGGAUAUCCCAGUCGAGUCCCACCUAUUCUAACUUCUUGCGAAUAUGUAAAGAGGUCCAGGUUUACUUUCUCGGAUAAAGACAGAUUAGACCGAGAAAAAAUGGAGAAACAACAUCAAAUAGAAAAGGCGCGAAUAAGAAGACGUCGAAAUUCACGGGAAUUAGAAAAAUUUGAACUUACCGCAGGCCGUUUGCUAGUAAAUGCAGGUCAUGGACCAGAGGAUCCAGACGUACAUGUUGCGCCACACCUUAACCACAUUCUGCAGCCACAUCAGCUGGGCGGAAUUCGAUUCUUGUAUGACAACAUUGUUGAAUCGCUUGAGGAUUACAAAAACUCCCUUGGCUUUGGUUGCAUUCUAGCUCAUAGUAUGGGUUUGGGAAAGACUAUACAGGUCAUCGCAUUUGUGGAGAUAUUUUUGCGGGUUACAGAGGCUAAAAAAGUUCUUAUUAUUGUGCCAGUAAACACAAUUCAAAACUGGUAUAAUGAGUUUGAAAAAUGGAUGCCUAGGUACACGAGUAGUGGCGAGAUAGCUCGCCAAUUCGACGUUUUUCUAUUAGGCGAUUCUGUAAAAACCUUUGAUCUACGGGUGAAUAUGAUUGGUGAGUUUUAUAGUAAAUAUGAUUGGUGGUCUACGGGUGAACUUGAUUGGUGA